UAACAUGGCCGAAGCAUUGGAAAGCCGCACGUCUGAGGACAAAGCGAGUUGUACUCGAGUUUCUGCCAAGAAUAACACAAGAAGGAGAUUUGUCGGAACUAAGUCUAAUGCUGGACAGACGACUGACAAACUCGCAGAAAUAGGAGCAAAUAAGAGAAGAGUUGUUCGUCAGAUUCCAGAUGAGAUUGUAAACAAUCUUGAGCUGCAAGAUGCUGUGAAACAGUUACCUCCUAACUACAAUUUUGAAAUCUUCAAGACAGUGUGGAGGAUUAAAGAAAUAAAUGCUAAAAGAGUGGCAUUACAGUUUCCUGAAGGACUUCUCUUGUAUGCUUGCACAAUAGCAGACAUUUUAGAAAGAUUCACAGGUUGUGAUACAGUCAUCAUGGGGGAUGUCACGUAUGGUGCUUGCUGUGUUGAUGACUUCACUGGUUGUUGUGAUCUUAUGGUUCACUAUGGCCACAGCUGCUUGAUUCCUAUUGACUCAACUAAAGGAAUCAAGAUGUUAUAUGUAUUUGUGGACAUAAAGCUGGAUGCCACACAUUUUGUCAAUACAGUCAGACACAAUUUUGAAGCUGGAAAGUCACUUGCACUUUUGAGCACAAUCCAGUUUGUGACAACACUUCAAGCUGUAUAUCAAGACCUGUGUAAAGAUUAUCAGGUAGAGAUUCUGCAGUGUAAACCAUUGUCACCUGGAGAGAUUCUGGGCUGCACUGCUCCUAGAAUAAAACACAAGGAUGCAUUCAUAUACGAUCCCUAUAGCAAAGUGUUUUCCAGGGAAUAUUACGAUAUUGAUGCCAUGUUUCAAGCGAGGAAAGACGCCAUAACUACAGCAUCAAGAGCUAAGAAAUUUGGACUCAUUCUGAGUACAUUAGGAAGGCAAGGAAGUCCAAAGUGCUAGAGAAGUUAGAAGAACGAUUCAGCAAGGCGGGCCUGGAAUAUGUAAUUGUACUCAUGUCUGAAAUAUUUCCGGGUAAACUUGGAUUGUUCGAGGACGUGGAAGCGUAAGUUGCUUUUCUUUUUAAGAUGUGAAAACUGCUUUCCGUCGAUAAGAUAAGAUAAG